AUGUCGGCCAAGAACCAGGUGGAUUUCAUCGUCAGGCGGGUCCUCCUCUUCUCAAAACUGUUCACCGAUUCUUGGGGGAAACCUAGAACUCUAGAAUUGUAAGUUUAUAACAUAAACUAUGUUACUCUCUUAUCUCGUAGAUUAAAACAAAGUAUCGAUAAUUACAUUGGGAAAGGUAAAGCCAGCUAUUUCUUUGAAUCACGACCACCACCGUUGAUCAUAACCAAGGUAAGAAUUCCCAAAGAGGAAACGUUUCUUGCAGGAAUGGCAAACGGAUCAAGUCGAAUGUCUAGAUGGGCAUUUCUUAUCUCCGCUAGCUCAAUAUUACCCGGAAAUGUACCCCACCGAAAAUGUAAAGACAUGUCAUUGGAGAGGACACUUUGUGAAGAAAUGGAAGGACAGAAAAGGACUUGUCAUCAUACUAGCACCAACUGGAGACCAUACAUUUACCCUGAGGGAACGAUCGUUUGUUUCUAAUCUUUUAAAAGAAGGCAUAAGCUCGAUCCUGGUAGAAAAUCCAUUUUAUGGCAGAAGGAAACCACCAGGUAUGGCACUCAUAGAAGGAAACUUUGUUCCAGAACAAUUCCGAUCGGCUCUUCGGAAUGUAACAGAUCUCUUUGUGAUGGGCGCCUCUCUGAUCGUGGAAUGUAAUUAUCUCUUGAAAUGGGCGAUCAGUCAAGGCCAUGGACCUUUGGGGCUUGCUGGAGUUUCCUUGGGAGGCUACAUGGCUGGCCUUGCUGCUACAAAUUCAGAAAUACCAGUGGCCGUUGUCCCUUGUCUAUCUUCCACCAGUGCUGCUCCUGUUUAUACCCGGGGAGCUUUAGCCGAAGCUAUCAAUUGGGAAGGAUUGGCCAAGGAACUUCAGAACCCAACCUUUAUAGAUGCUAUUGGGAAGAUCCAGGGGCAGGAUUGGCUGUACAAACUUGAACAUCCAUCAAUCUCAUACCCAGAAUUCGACCGGUCUAAGAUUUUUAUGUGGAUUCUGAUGGAACAAUUCACGAAUCUAAACCAAUACCCGGUUCCGCCGAGGGGCGAUCUUGCCACAUUUGUGAUUGCCGAAGACGAUGCCUAUAUCGAGCAGGAAGGAGCUCCGGAUAUUCGAGAUAUAUGGCCCCAGAGUAAAGUCGUCAGUCUCCCACAUGUCGGCCACGUCCUUGGAUUCCUCAGAAAUCAGUCCGUCUUUCGACAAACCCUCAUCCAAAUGCUACACAAGGCGGGUCAAGCGCAGCCUCAGGUCAUGUCAAACUAA